UUGUUGCGCUUCGACUGCUUCCGGAUCAGCCCCCACUACCACUACCGGAAUGCGCCCAUUGGGCAAAACCAUCGCCUGGAGCUGGACUUCACCGCCGAGGGAGAUUCGCUGGCCUGGACGCUGGACAAAAUCCAGAACCGUUUGCCGAUAAUGCUGCUCCGCUGCCAGGCAAACUCCACUGCUCGCCAGGUCGACCAACGGGAUGUUGAAGCGGCAGUGCCUCACAUCGUGGCCUGGGCAGAGACCAAGACCCACAGGGCGAAGCUAACCCAAUCCCGGAAAACUCGGGUGAUCCAGCGGCAGGUUGAGACGGGACAAGCGGAUCGACCCUUCCUCUAACAUCACCCGCGUCGAGCCGGUAUCCAGCCUGAUUGAGCCUGAACGCCCCUCUCCUCCGGGAGAGGGGUUAUUCGUUUAAGACGAGCCCUGCCUACAGCAAUACCGCCACGCCUCGGCCCACCAGCAUCGCGCCCACCGCCAGCAGAGUCAGACCCAUCACGAGGAUCAGCAGGUUCAGGUUCACCUUGCCGGUGAGAUUGGCGCCCAGGUAGCUGCCGACCAUCGCCGCAGCGCCCAUCAGCACCAGGAGAAUCCAGUCCACCUGCCCGUAAAGCACGUGGCCGACCCAUCCUGCGCCCCCCAUCACGAAACCGAUGAACAGGUUGGUGCCGGCCGCGAUGCGGGGAUCAACUCUCAGGAUGCGAACCAGCGCCGGCAACCGGAUGCUGCCCAGGAUCAGACCCACGGCUCCACCCAGCAUUCCGACGGCGAACCCUAUCAC